AUGGGCUCAUUCGCAUCCACCUCUUCUACGCCCGCGCCGGCGGACGUGCUACUCUGCCGCCCAGGCUCGAUAUCAUUUACCACGUCCGAAGACCCCGUAUUCUUAGAUCCUACCACUGAGAAGGCGAUCAACGAUGCUGCUAGAAUAAUACAACAACACGAUGUCGUAGUCUUCCCAACUGAAACCGUGUAUGGACUAGGCGCCGAUGCCUUGAACGCUACCGCAUCGUCCAGAAUAUUCUCCACCAAAGGCAGACCCGCAGACAACCCACUCAUCGUACACGUCUCGUCACAGUCCAUGCUGUCUGAACUGCUUCCUUCAACCUCAUCGUACACUCCUUCUCCUGCGUACAAGGCGCUCAUGCGAGCCUUCUGGCCCGGACCUCUCACAAUGCUAUUCCCUGCACCUGCGCACAUACCUUCCACGAUCACGGCUGGCCAAUCGACCGUGGCUGUCCGUAUGCCGUCACAUCCCGUCGCCAGAGCGCUCAUUGCGCGCGCGAAUACACCUGUCGCCGCUCCAAGCGCGAAUACGAGUGGGAAACCUAGUCCAACGCGUGCUGCACACGUCGCCGCCGAUCUCGGUGCAUCGGGGAAGCUCAAGCUCAUUCUUGACGGUGGUGCAUGCGAUGUGGGCCUUGAGAGCACUGUGGUGGAUGGAUUGGGAGAAGACGGGAACAUUCGUGUGUUGCGACCGGGCGGUGUGACGGUUGAGGAUAUCCAACGGGUUCUGGUCGAGAAUGGGGUUGCGGGUGUGAAGGUGCUUGUGCACAGGAGGGACUACACGGAUGAACAGCAGGAAAAGGCUCCACAAACACCCGGGAUGAAGUAUCGACAUUACGCACCGGGCGUACCUGUUCUACUCGUACAUCGCGUUCCAACUGAGGCCACCACUGAGGAUGCGAUCUCGCAUGAUGCUUUCCUGUCAUUAUUAGAGGGCGGCGGCUCCGAGGGAAAGACGAAGGUCGGGCUGAUGGCAUGCGACGAUUCGCCGCUUCUUGCACUCAUGGCCUCGGCCUCGUCGAUAGAAUGGGUUCACUAUCCUCUCGGACCGACUGCCACACCUGCAACGGCAGCCGCACGUCUCUUUGACGGACUUCACACCCUUGACGCUCAGAGGGUAUCUCAAAUUGUCGCAGAGGCACUCGUUGAGGAGAAGGAAGGCUUGGCUUUCAUGAACAGGAUUGGCAAAGCGGCAGGAGCUGGAGGGCGUAUCUGGCUGCGGUCAUAG